CAAAAUGGAAGAAGCCAAAGCUGCAUUUGAUGUCAACUAGGAAUGCUGACAUUUUAGCCUCCAAAUUUAAUGGGAGAAAGCACAAUAGCCUCUCGUGCAGGAGUAAAUGAAAGACAACGUGGUAUGACAAGCCCGACUUUGAGAUUCGGGGAAAAGGGAUGAAGAAGUGGAACUGGCGAGAAGGUCGACGACCGCACAAGCGACAAGGUGCUGGUCGUCUCCAUGGAUGGUACAGAGGCAACAGGCAGAUAUCAGCACGCGACGAACAGCGGUAUGGACAUAGUGAUGCUGGACCAUCACACAGAGCACCCCAGUGGAGACAUGAGAACCAACCUGCUUCUGCUUCUUUGCCCCAACCUUCUUCAUCUGCCUCAACAUCCAGCAAUACAGCACCAGAGCUUCCAGGUUUUUACUUUGACCCUGAGAAAAACCGCUACUUCCGCCUGCUUCCUGGACACAACAACUGUAAUCCACUGACCAGACAGCAGCUGCAAGAGAAAGAAAGGGAGAAACAAAGACACAAGAUGUUGGCUGAGGAUGAAAAACCAAGAAAAAAAGCGCCACGAUCCGGAUUAAACACAUCAAUGCUUCUGCAAAAAAGACAUGCAGGGCUGUUACCGGAGAACUCCUAUUGCAGGCUCAUACAUGAAGUGAAGGUCAGUGGAAUGAGACGCCACAAAUUGGAGAUCCAGAGCACAGACAACAGCAGUCCAAACACAGACAACUUUAGACUCAUAGUGGGGGAUUCUGCGUGUGAGCGAGUGUUCACCGUCAACGACGUCUCUCACGGCGGCUGCAAGUACGGCAUCAUGAACUUUAGCAGCAGCAGCCGGGGCUCUUUGUCUGUGGAAAUGUGCGAUAACCUCUACUUCACCAACCGCAAGGUGAACUCCAUCUGCUGGGCCUCAGUCAACUACCCAGAUUCUCAUGUUUUGCUAUGUCUGGUGGGAGCAGCGGACACCCCCGGGUGCGUCAGCUUACUACCCGCUUCCCUCUUCAGCAACUCUAAUCCAGAUCAGCCUGGGAUGUUGUGCAGCUUUAAAAUAUCCACAGCUUGGUCUUGUGCUUGGUGCCUCAAUCCACAGUUUGACAAGACUUUCAGCACUGGCUUGUCUCGUCGGGUCAUUGUGAAAGAUGCAGAGACGGGACGAACACAGAUGUACAGCGUCGGCAGCGACGUCUUGGCUCAGCAGUUUGCCCUCAGGGUUCCUGUCCUGUUUAACGGAUGCAGAUCAGGGGAGAUUUUCAGCAUCGACCUCCGGCAGCGCGGCCGCAGGGAUCACAGCUGGAAGGCCACUCGCUUCCAUCAGGAAUCAGCCAUCACCUCAGUGCGAGUCCUGCAGGAUGAGAACUACCUGGUGGCUGCUGACAUGAAGGGCCAGAUCAAGUUGUGGGACGUUCGAGUGACAAAGCCAGUGCAGGAGUAUAAAGGACAUUACAACGAGCAUGCCUACCUUCCCAUCCAUGUCAAUGAACGCGAAAGGCUUUUGUUAGGAGUUGGUCAAGAUUGUUACACAAGGUUGUGGAGCUUAAACGAUGGUCAUCUACUUAGGACAAUCCCAUCACCCCAUCCGGCUGCAAAUGACAUGAUCCCAAACGUGGUCUUCUCCUCUAAUUUGGGCGGCUGCAGGGGGCUCCCUGGCCUGCUCAUGGCCGUCAAACAUGACCUCUACUACUUCCCAUACAACACCGACUACCAGGACGGAGGAGAGCUUACGGCCAGACUUGAGGAACAGAGUGAAAAUUCUUCCUCUAAUAGAUGACUGUUUUAUUUCUGCCAAAUGUAUCGGGGUGCUGUUUAGUUGAAAGCUGUUAAACCCAUCAGUCAGUAUGCAGUCCAGUUACGAGAAGUUCUACUUACUUGUGGGGAGUGGUCAAAUAGCCAGAUUAAUGAUGAGGCUAGAGACACAUGGGGGAUAAUUUGUAGGUUUUUUUUGAGUUUCUGCUGUUGUGGUCCAAGGCUGGACAACAAAAAGUACACCCAAAGUUCUUUACAUAGCUGAUAUUAACAUGUUAAACAGGCAGUAAAGUCACCUUUUACAAAGCUGUUUCCAGGGUACAGAAUGGAAAACUGUUGCAUUGAAAGGCCUUAAUUAGUGCCUCAAAGUAGCACUUGAAGGCUCACACAGACAUUUACAAGUAGGCCUGAAAUAUUAAUUUCUAAAAACGUUUAGGUGCCUGAAUGCAAUUCUGGAUUUUGCUCAAACAUUAGUCCAAAGAUCUUGUUAUCCACAUCUUCGUGUGUGUGGUGUGGUACAGAUUUAUUUGCACAUAAGUAGAUGCAGAAGGAAACAUGUUUCAAUACCUGAAAGUAAGUUUUCUUCAUGUGAUUGAACUGUCCCAGAUUAAUUUUAAUCUCAGGUAUUAAGAUUCUUAAACCUAUGUGAUCAGUAGUAUUUUAUUAAGGUUAUAGAUGCAUUUAAAAAAAACAAAAAAAAAACUUUACAACAGAGCCAUUUUAUGCCACUACUUGUUUCAUAUUAGUAGUUUCGGGUCUUUUCACCACCAUCAAGUUCCUUGACUCUUCUUUCAUUUGGAGUUAAUCUGGCUGUUUUUUGAUUUACAGAUAAAUUCAUGGUUGCACACAGUGGAGAAGAAAAAAAUCGUGAUGAAAUAUUUCAUUUGUUUUAACCAGCUGUUGAAUUAAUUAAUUUGUACAAUGAUCACAACCAGUUUGCAUAAUUGCAUUCAGUGUAUUACUGUAUGGAAUGUUAUAUUUAUGCAAAAACUAAGGGAAACAGCCAGAUGUUGCAUCAUUAUGUGUAUUUCUGCAGCAGAGAAUUAAUAGACUGCACUUUUGCUUUCAUAGUGGAUGGUUUAAUAUAUCUUAUAAUGGGCAGAAACACAUUUUCAUGUUUAGAAUUCAACCAGUGAUCACUUGGGAUACUUGUGGGUUAUUCACUCAGAAGUUUUCCUCAUCCAAAACAGAGGUUGUUUGGCUGAAAUGAUUCAUCUCGUUAUUUUUGUAUUUUUGUUUUGUUUUGACAGAUUUGUGCCUAAAUGAAAUAGAAGUGCUACAUUUAUCUAGAUGUGCAUUUACCUAAGAUAUGAUUUUUAAAAUUUUUUUUAUUUAAUUCGGGAUUUUUGUGACCCAGAUUUUUUAAAAUGAUGAUUGAUGUGUAUAUUUUUAAUCAUCACAUUUUCAACUCUGAAAUCUUGGUCCUGUAAUAAAUAUUUUAGAAAACACAAUCAA